UACAGUUUGAUUUGAAGAAUUUGACUAAAAAUUGUGUAAGUUGAUGAGUAUGAGUGUGCUACAUUUGUUCGAUUAUUCUCAUCCAGCCUUAUCUCGUGCUGGCCACACUCCUUUGUAACCACACGACAAAAUAUCCCUAUUAAGCAUAUAAUUCCAACGUCAAGUCUAUACAUCAUGAGUUUCCUAGGCAACUCUCUUCUUCAACCAAGAAUAUUGCUAUAAUUACAAUGAAAUCUUAUGCCAACUAAUCUAAAAUUUAUCUAUAACUUAAUAUAAUCGUCAAAGAUCUAUAGAUUCACAUAAAGAUAUAUUUUUUUUAGGACAGACAAAAGGAACAUUAUUCAUGUUUGCUUAGUCUUAGCUUGCUGAUUCAAGAACUUAAUAACUUUAUAAAGUGGGAAGGUUAGUUGGUAUUUCUUGUAGUGAUCUUACCUUCUUUAGCUGCAUUAGUGGUUAGAUUUGAUCGACGAAGAGGAAAAAGCCGAACCAUUAAUGAUUGAGUACUUAGGACGUGCCUAAUUUGUCAUCCUGAUUCUGUUAAGUGAAUUGUGUACUGUUGAGAGGAAAAUGAUACAUCAAAUGGGAGAGGAGAAAGAUGAGAGAGAGAUCGCGAGGGAAGAGGAGAUUGAAGGUGGAUUAUCAGAUGAUGCAGUAACACUAACAAGACUGCAACCAUGGAAUAAGCAGAUUACAGUGAGAGGAGUAGUGACAAGUGCAAUCAUUGGCGCGAUUUAUAGCAUCAUUGCAAUGAAGCUCAACCUUACUACUGGUCUUAGUCCCAAUCUCAAUGUCUCUGCUGCUCUUCUGGCCUUUGUUUUCGUUAGGAGUUGGAACAAAGUCCUUAAGAAAUUCGGGUUUUCUCCUGUACCUUUCACUAAGCAGGAAAACACCAUGAUUCAGACCUGUGCAGUUGCUUGCUAUAGCAUAGCCAUUGGAGGUGGAUUCGGGUCUUACCUUUUGGGAUUGAACAAGAAGACCUAUGAGCUAGCUGGUGUUAACAUGGAAGGGAAUUCUCCAGAAAGUUACAAGGAACUAAAAGUUGGCUGGAUGACAGCUUAUCUUUUCCUCGUCUGUUUCGUAGGUCUCUUUGUGUUGAUCCCCCUAAGAAAGAUACUCAUAAUCGAUUACAAUUUAGUAUUUCCAAGUGGUAUGGCAACUGCUGUGCUCAUCAAUGGAUUCCAUACAAGAGGAGAUAAAAUGGCAAAGAAACAAGUACGCGGAUUUUUGAAGUACUUUUCGCUGAGCUUCUUUUGGGGGUUUUUCCAAUGGUUUUAUACUGCUAAAGAGAACUGUGGGUUCAUUCAAUUCCCUACCUUCGGACUGAAAGCUUGGAAGCAAACAUUUUACUUUGAUUUUAGCAUGACUUAUGUGGGAACUGGGAUGAUUUGUUCUCAUCUUGUUAGCUUGUCUUUGUUGUUUGGAGCCGUUCUUUCGUGGGGACUGAUGUGGCCUCUCAUAAACAAGCAAAAAGGAAAUUGGUUCCCUGAAAGUGUAUCAGAUGAAAGCAUGCAGGGUUUGAAUGGCUACAAGGUCUUUAUUUCCAUUGCUCUCAUAUUUGGAGACGGGUUUUAUAACUUCUUCAAAGUGAUGGUUAUCAUCCUUGUAAAUGUUCGUGGUAGAAUGAGACAAAAGGCGGUCCUGAAUGCAGAAACAAUUGGUCAAAGCAAAGCUCCUAACAUCGAAAGGCAGAACGAGGUGUUUAUCAGGGAAAGCAUACCAAUGUGGGUAGCAGCCAGUGGCUACCUCUUCUUCUCCACUGUAACUGUCAUUGCCCUCCCAAUGUUGUUCCCUGAAAUAAAAUGGUAUUAUGUUAUCGUAGCCUACAUUCUUGCACCAGCAUUGGCCUUCUGCAACGCCUAUGGAGCUGGACUAACAGACAUGAACAUGGCAUACAACUAUGGCAAAGUAGCCCUAUUUGUGCUAGCUAGCUUAGCAGGGAAAAAAUAUGGUGUAGUCGCAGGACUUGUAGGUGCAGGGGUCAUCAAAUCGAUGGGCCUAGUUUCUUGUACAUUGAUGCAGGACAUUAAGACAGGCCAUCUGACAUUAUCAUCACCGCGAUCAAUGCUGAUCAGUCAGGCCAUUGGGACAGUCAUUGGAUGUAUUGUCACCCCUCCUAGUUUCUUCCUGUUUUACAAAGCAUUUGAUGUGGGAAACCCCAACGGCGAAUAUAAAGCUCCUUAUGCUUUGAUAUAUAGGAACAUGGCAAUCUUAGGGGUUGAAGGCUUCUCUGCUUUACCACAGCAUUGUCUGCAGCUUUGCUGUGGUUUUUUCGCGUUUGCAAUAUUUGCUGACUUAAUUAGAGAUCUAUGUCCUACAAAGAUUGGAAGAUGGAUGCCACUUCCAAUGGUUAUGGCAGUGCCAUUUCUAGUAGGUGGAUACUUUGCCAUCGACAUGUGUGUAGGGAGCUUAGUGGUGUACGUGUGGCAUCGGAUUAAUCCGAAUCAGGCUGAUCUGAUGGUUCCGGCUGUGGCUUCUGGUUUGAUCUGUGGUGAAGGACUCUGGUCUCUUCCUGCUUCAUUUCUUGCUUUGGCCAAUAUUAAUCCUCCAAUUUGCAUGACAUUUUUGUCUUCCAAGAAAUAGGACAUUCUGUAAUAGGAACACACAUAAUUUUGUUUUUGUUUUUGUUUCUUUUUUAACACUCUCAAUAAUGUAUACAUUUUCUAUUCAGAAUUUUAGAUGCAGCACAAAAUGCAUUUCAUCAUCCUUAAUUCAGCAAUUUUCUAGAA